AGAACAGCACCAGUGAUCGUAAAUUGUCAUCCACUGCCUCUCGACUCUCUCCCUGCUUUUGGCCUGGUGUUGGGUUAAGGACUGUACAGCUGUUGAGACCUCCACCUUGUGGACUGAUCUGAUCAUCGGGCUGCAGCAGAUGUCAUGGAUCUGAAGGAGCGCAGGCACCGUACACUGACCCACGGCCGCUGUGGGAAAGAUUUCCAGUUCACCACCUCCUCCCUUGACAACGACGAAUGUCGCGUACCCACCCAGAAAUCAUACAGCUCUAGUGAGACCCUGAAAGCUUUCGAUCACGACUCGCGCCUUCAUUAUGGAGGAUGUGUGGCGGACCUGGUUCACCAUGAAGCAGAUGAGUUCACCAGACAAGGAGAGUACAUGGAUUUUUCCCCGUUCCUGAGCUACUUCAAUUCAGGGAACUUUACUUUAGCGGAGCUGGGCAUUUGUGAACCCUCCCCUCAUCAGAAUGCAUACUGCCCUGAGAUCGGCCUCUUGCAGCACGGUUACUCUCUGAGCGCCGGCUCCGACGCGGACUCUGACCCAGAGGGCCCUAUCUCACCGGAGCGAGCCAUCCAGCUGUGGGGGGGCCAAGGCAUCAAGUCCCGCCGCAGUUCUGGCCUCUCCAGCCGGGAGAACUCGGCCCUCACCCUCACCGACUCCGACAAUGAGAACAAGUCUGAUGACGAAUCAGCAUACCUCGAAGAUGAUGUGGAUGAUUUCGAUGACCCUUUCGGUGAUAUUCCGUUCCGUAAGUUGCCAUUGAAUCUCUACCCCUGUGGAUACAGUAUGUCACAGAAUUCAAUACCCUGCUCCUUAUGGAGUAUAUUUUGUUGUGUUUUAUGUGUUUGUGUGCUUGAAAAAUAGAGAGUUGUUUCCUGUGUAGCAUCUAUUAACCUGAUCCCCCUGCUCAUGUUUAUUGUGCUUGAGUUAACCUCCCAAUCAGAGGCUUCUGGCCAACGGAUGAAACACAGUCUUCUGUUAUUUGUUAAUCAUUGUCCUUGCCACUUGCAAUAUUG